GCUAUCCGAAUGGUAGUAAAAAGGAUAAAAAGGUACAAUGCAGAUACUGUGCGCUUGUGCAGGGGGGUCAGCGCAAGACCUGCCGAAGCCAUCUGAAGAAUUGUAAUGAGUUUGCGGUGUGGCUGAGGAACACGCAGAACAAGGAUGUGCUGACCUUCCUGGAGGAAUCCGAUAGAGUAUGGGAAGAGAAGACCAACACAAAGACGGGCCAUGCGGAUACUAUGGCAGUUCAGACACAGAAACUGAACACGUUCAGCGAGGAAAAUAGAAUGGUCAGACUCGACGAGAUGAUUAUCAAAUUGAAGGACAAAAUUAGAGAGAAGGGCCCCCAAGAUCUGGAGUGGCGCUUUGAUGAAGUGGAGAAGCAACUGAAUAUCUGUUAUAAGAACAUAUCUGGCAAUAAG